CACACACACACACACACAAUGUCGCUGGGAGACAUGGCCAAGACCCGCGAGGUGCUGGUCGAUUUGGGGGACGACUCUGGUGGUGAAGACGGCAAGGACAAUCACCGCACAUUGGGGGUGGGGCUUGUCGGAGCAACAAACCUCGAUAUCGGCGACCAGCCCGGCGUCUACGUGUCGCGCGUGGACGACGACUGCACCGCGGCCUUGCACGUCGGUGACCAGAUCCUGUCAGUGGCAACCACGGACUGGCGCAUCGACACCACAGCCUCCACCUUGCCCGAGGUACUGGACCAUUUGAAGGACGCCAUGCAGGCGGCUUCUGUCAUCAAGCUGGUCGUUCGUCAAAACCAAGAAGGGUUUGCCGCGUUUCGAAAAGUUGUGGAGCACAACCACGGCACCACGACAAACACAGCGGAAGAGGACGGGCACGCUUCUCCAGCGAAUCAGCACGCCAAGGGGCCAGCGUCCUCGUCGCUGUCAGCUUCACGGGCCCCCGGCAGUGCGCAGCAGAGCGCCACCACGCGGCACCAAACGGUCACGACAGAUGCGUCCAACGAGGACCGCCACGUGUGGCUCGGUAUCGAUGCACUCGUCCACCACAAGCCCGAGGAAGCAGAAGCACACUUUGCUGCUGCACUACAGGUCACCCUCGACGACGCGCUGGAACAGAGGAUUGCUGCAUUGGCUGCUACAUCCGAUCCUGCGUUUGCGCAAAAAGCGUGGCAGAAGGACUUGGAGGAGCUGAAACGACACAAGGGCUACAUCCACUACCUUCACGGCGUCGCAUUCACCCACGCCCAGCGCCCAAGGUGGGAUGCGCAGCACAGCAUGCUUGAAGCGACGCGCGUGCUGCUGCCGUGGUAUUACCACCCAAGUUUGCUCAUCAACUUGAGCGAUGCAGACUUCCACCACACCGUCAGCCGCGUGCUCAUCAACAAAGGACUGUACCGCUCUGCCAUCAUUGCCAUCAGCGAGGCGCGCAGGAUACGCGGGGAGGACGAUUAUCUUGCUGAUGAGCUGUCGUUUGCGCGGCAUUUGCUCGCACAGCAGCAGCAGUAUUGGCACCAGCAGCAGCAGCAGCAACGGAGCGACGGCGACUCUGAUGAUGACGAGGAGGAUGAGAGUGAUGAAGAUGACGGGGGUGAUGAGGAAGGUAGUGCCGAUGUCGGUGAAGGUGAAGGUGGUGGUGGUAUGGUCGACGGUGACGGCAGCAGCAGCGUGGAGGCCGUGCCUGAUCAAGAAGCCAACCACAACACCAGUCAUGGUGACAACGGCGUUGACGACGUUGACGAAGAUGACGACGACGACGAAGUUGAUGAUGAUGUCGACGAUGAUGAUGACGAUGAUGAGCAGUGA